UGGUUAACUAGUAAAAACAAAUUCAAAGAAAUGCAACUACCUUCUCGAAAAGAUUUUAAUAGUGACUUGGAUGGAGUAAAUUAUUGCGAGCAAGGAUGUGAAAGCAAAGAAUGUGAACAU